AUGGGCGCCAGUCUCACCUCUCCAAUACCUCAUCGACCCCCUACAUCGGUCUGUAACCACCUGUUUUCACCACCGGAUGCGCCAAUCUUCGUACCAAAACGUCAGUCUGUACUCAUACAAGGUUGGCAGUGGAGUAAGAAGAAUAUACAGCCAGUCGCUAAGAAGUCAAUGGGAAAAGGUACAGAACACAUCGGAUCACGCUCGACAGACAGCAUGGCAACCUAUCGCACCCAACGGGAUCUGCCUUACUCACAGAUCCCAAUCACUCUAGAUAACAAUCAGAACUAUAAAAGAUACGAACCCGAAACUACAGUAAUCCCGAAUUUCUACAGUAUACGCGAAGAGAUCAAAAGGGAGUUGCGUUUGAAUAAGCAAGACUUUGUAAACAAUAAUCUGGUGAGUCCAGAAGGACCUCCAGCACGAACUCCACUCAGUCCCACUCAUACAAGGGCGAAUACAACCGUAGCUGGUACUAUUUCGAGAAAGCUCAUCAGUAAUGGGACCGUGAAACAUUCGGAGAGCAGUGACGAGAAGAAACCCUCCAAAACCCCACUCGAUAUCAAUUCGACUCGACGUCGUACCGUAAUCCAGGCAUCCACUUCGGAACUACUACGAGGUCUUGGCCAGUUCAUUGCACAGAACAGUCACAUUGCCGCGUUUGAACCAGCACAUCUUGUCAUGUGGCUACGUACCGUUGAUCGAGCACUUCUACUUCAGGGAUGGCAGGACGUGGCAUUUAUCAAUCCAGCAAAUUUAGUCUUUGUUUUCUUGAUUAUCAGAGAAGUAAUUCCAGAUGAGGAAUCGAUCCAUACAGUAGAUGAUUUGCAUGCUUGGGUGCUGACAUGUCUCUAUAUUAGUUAUUCCUAUAUGGGCAAUGAAAUCUCGUACCCUUUGAAGCCUUUCCUCAUCGAACUUGACCGUGAUAAAUUUUGGGAACGAUGUGUAAUGAUAGUGACGAAUCACAGCGAAGAUAUGCUCCGACUCAAUUCGUCGUCCGCAUUUUUCACCGAGGUAUUCAGCGAACUCAAAACCUACUCGACGGAUUUCUGA